AUGGUACUGCUACGUGAGAAUUUCAUUCAGCUGCAGUACGUAGGUCUCUGGCAGCCACCCUGCUGGCCACCGAAUAGUUUUAAAUCACGUGCUUACUUGAUUUACACAAUUCACUUGCUGACGAUACUCAAUUGCUUCAUGAUAUCCGAGGCACUCGGUCUCUUCACCAUAAUCGAAAACCUCGAGGACUUCUCUGAUAGCUGCUUCAUGAUGCUGACGAUAUUCUCCGUAUGUGUUAAAUCAAUGGUGGUUCUGCUGAAGAGAUCGGAUAUUAUCGAUAUUCUCUCGUCAUUGGAAAUGAAUCCGUACAAACCCAUGAACAUCCACGAGGAGAAAAUCCAGGAAUUCUUCAAUCGACGCAUCAGAUUUUUUACCUUUCUUUAUGGUGGAGUGGUUGAAAUUUCUGUGUGGAUCAUGAGCAUCUCCGCUUUCUUUCAAGGAAUACCCUUCGGUGUGUUGCCAUACAAGGUGUGGCUACCUUUCGAUUACUCCCAGCCGAUCCUCUACUGGUCAACAUUCUGUGCACAACUCUUUGUUAUCACCCUUGGUGCGAAUAUUUGCAUCGGCUGUGAUACGGUUAUCCCAGGAUUUUAUACACUGUAUGAGAGCUAG